AUGGCGGCAGCAAAUCGAUCCGCACCCUCGAGCUCGCGAUCCAUGCUCGCAGAUCGAUUCCAGGAGCGCCACGAUCUGGAGCAGUACUUCUGGACCGAGGCCACGGUCAAGCGGUUGACGCAGGCGCUCGAGGGGAUCAAAGAGGGCGAGAUCUGCUGCCUCACGACUCCUUCGCUCGCGCACGCUUUCUACUUCCAGCACCAGCGGACCGAGCUGCUGCUCGACGUGGACACUCGCUUCCGCUACCUCCCAGGAUUCCGCUACUUCGACUUGCGGAUGCCGGCCUCCUUGGGGUCCGAGCGAGAUCAUCCGAUGAGCGUAAUCGUGUUUGACCCUCCAUUCUUCUACAUUCCUUUGGAGGUGCUGUUUGAGGCGGUGACGAGCAUCACCAAGAACAGAGCGAAUUGCAAGCUGGUGCUGGGAUUCCUCAGGCGGGAAGAAGCGGCUUUGCUGCGUGUGUUUAAGUCGUUUGAGCUCAAGCCCACCAAGUUUGUGCUCGAGUAUGCCACGGUCAAACCCAACAAGUGGAGAAACUACACGCUCUACUCUAACGUUGACCUUCCAUGCAUCAAGAGAAUCACAAAACCUUGA